UCCGGAAACUGAUAAUUUCUUCCUCCCCCGGCUGAUAUUGUUUUGGUUUGGAUCCCUGUUUACAAUGUAAAACGGCAACAUCUGACGACAGACCUUUUGAGGCUGUCGCAUAGAAAUGGCUGACACGAUUUUCGAAUCGUUUGGGAUACCCACAAAAUUUUUGAAGCAACUGUCAACAACAAAAUUCCUUGGAUUGGUAACAGAACCUUGGCUUCUGUUGCUGGUACAAAAGGGAAGGUGUCCAGAUGACCCAGACUUAAACAUAUCAGAUUCAGAAAUAGAAGGUUUGCUUGCAGAGUCAAAUACACAGAUCCCUCAGCCAUGGGUCAGAAUUGUCAUCAAGAUCAAAGAACAAUGUACUCACCGUGAGCAAAAUGAUCCAUCAGAGCAGAAUGCCAUGCCCCACACAUUACAUGGACACUUGGACAGUGUGCACCAGCGAGUGUACCUUGAUAUGUGGCACUCUGUCUUCUGUAUGUAUGGUGAAGGGAAACUCCCCACAACAACCUCUCUGCAGGGAUUCCAGAAUUUGACAAAGUUCCAGGAAGGUAUGCAGGACCUGAAUGUGUCCCGAUUUCUUUUGGGGGAGAGUUGUACUCCAGGUAUUAUCCCUGUGUACGCCGUCAAGGAGAAAGGGGAUAGCCUGAUUGUGAUAGAGAAAUACAUUCCACACACCAUCCACAGCAUCCUGGCCUACAGCCCCGCCAUCAUCAAUCUGUCCGUCGCUAAACCUCUCUUCCUGUUGUAUCAGAUCCUGAAGAUAAUGGUAGUGGUCCACGGUCACUCUGCCAGGGUCGGUGACCUGAGUAUUCACAACGUGCUGGUGGACUCGAACCUUUGGGUGUACAAGUCAGCGGUGAGCAUGGACAGACAUACGACAGAGAUCGCGCUGAACAGGAAUGAGAGUAGUACAAAUGUGGACACCGUCACAAACUCUCGCAUCGAUGUCACUCUCCUAGAGAAGAUCGAGUACAUUGAGCCCCCUCAGUUGCAGCAACAUUACAACCAGCUGAGUGUGGAGCUCAGGGAUUUACCUGCCCUGGUGGACUUAUGGGUCAACAGAAAACUGUCCAACUUCAAUUACCUGAUGAUACUCAAUCAUUUAGCAGGGAGAAGGUUGGGUGACCCUAAUCAUCACCCGGUAUUGCCAUGGGUGAUGGACUUUUCUGGACCAGACACUGGGUUAAGAGACCUCACUGUAUCCAAGUUCAGAUUAAACAAGGGAGACCACCAGUUGGAUCUGACAUUCCAGACAUUUUCUAGUGACCACAUUCCUCAUCAUGUUCCUGAUGUUCUCUCUGACAUCACAUACUAUGUAUAUAAAGCUAGACAAACUCCAAAGUCUACAUUGUGUAAAUAUGUCCGUUCAAAAUGGGUUCCUAAUGAGUACCCACACAGCAUGCAAAGAAUGCAGGAAUGGACUCCAGAUGAAUGUAUCCCAGAAUUCUUCACAGACACUACCAUUUUUACCUCCAUCCAUGAAGAUCUCCCUAACCUAGAGCUGCCUAACUGGUGUCAGUCGGCUGAGGACUUUGUGAGGAGACACCUGGAGGUCCUCGAGAGUGACUCGGUGUCUGAGGACCUCCACCACUGGAUUGAUCUCACCUUUGGCUAUAAGCUGUCAGGGUCUGCUGCGGUACAGUGUAAGAACGUCAACCUACGAUUGGUGGACAACCACACUGGGGUGAUGAGCCAUGGGGUGGUCCAACUGUUCACUGAGCCCCACCCCCACCGGAUCCCCUCCUACACCUCCAUCCAACCCACACCCCCACGCCUACCAAAGAACAUGUUUAUUCCUAGUUUACCUGAAUUGCAAGAAGAGAAUAAUACAGAUAGAGGGCAAAUUAAACAAAUUAAAGGACCUGAGAGUGAUAGAAUUACCCUGCCAAAGAUGUAUGAUCCUCUCGCUGAUCUAAAUCAGCUGGAGGCUUCAUUUUUAUUCUCCAGUAAAACGUUCAAACAAAUGCCAAAGAAAACAGAGCAAGAAGCAGCCCUUGGACUGGACUGUGUGACGGACGCGGUGUGGAGGGACGUCCAGAGCUUCGCCUGCCUGGCCUGUGAGAUCUUCUUGAAGGACCAGGUACAGUUCCAGGACAGAUCCUGGUCCCUGGAUGACCGCUUCACUUACCUGUGUCAGGUGUACAGGGAAAACCCCAGCGUCAUGCCAAGGUGCAUUGUCUCUCUUGUUCAGGAGGUGCUCUACCUGCACAAGUCUAAAUCUGCCCUGGAGAACCUGACCACUAGGCCUCACCUUUGUCUGUUCAGGUACCCUACAGUGAACUCCAGGGGGCUGCCUCCCCCCACCCCCGCCCAGCUCCUCCACCCCUUUGUUAACCUGGUUCCCUUCCCAGCCUACUUCCCCCAGCUGUACGAGUGUAUCUGUAACCUGAAACACAAGGAGCAGGAAAUAGAACAAAUCCGAUGGAAAAACAACAACUUGAUGGAGAAAGACAAGCUCAUUAAGGUCAUCUCCAGGGAGAAGGUCACUAUCCUGCAGCACUUCCUUGAGGAGAACCAGGGUUGCUAUGGGGAGGAGGGGAUUGAGCUAGUUCUGCCCUACGUCCAGGACUUAUUUGGCCAGGAGGACACUGCAGUGCAGGCAGCAUGGUCACUCUUCAACCUCAUUGGACAAGAACUGGGUCAGAAAGAAACAUCCAGGAUAUUCCUGCCCUAUUUAGUGAGAAUAUUUAAUGUAGAGCAGUCAACUCCCAAACACAUGAAGAUUUACCACCGAUCGUUCCUGGUCCAGUUGUUGGUACGACUCGGACUCAGCGUAUUUCUUCACAACUUCUCCACUCUGCUGGUAGAGGCUGUUGCUGGGUACAGGGACUACGUAUUUGAGGACCUGUAUGUAGACAGUGGGUAUACCAACAACGUGGAAUCCCAGAGGGAGUCGGUGCAGGAGCUACCUCCAGUGAAGGAGGAGUGUGCCAGCGAUGAUGAUUCCCAGUCCUAUGAGGACACAGCUCCUGAGGAGGGCAGUGAGGACGAGUUUGUUGGGGAUUACGAUGGUGGUCAGAUGGAGUCUGGAUCGGUGGAAGAUGAGGAAGACGCAGAGCAAAUGAGUGAUAUGUCACAGGACGAGGAUUCAGCAGACAAAACAUCCAUCCACAGUCUGUCAGGGCUGAUUGACCCCACCCAGAGGGAGGAGUCAGUCAGUGACCUUGAAGAGGACACACACAGUCUGCAGUUCCAGGAUGAUGGAGAAGAUAGAGACAUUAGUCCCCAGCACAACUAUGCGGCCACUGACACGAGAGGUGCUCAAUUGGCGACCUCUACAAAGGCCUCAGGCAUGGUGCGCAGUGAGACAGAUGAAUUUGCCAGCACCAUGUCGGAAAAGUCCGAGUCAGAAGUCGUCAAUAUCAAGGACGUAGCCACAGAGAGCAUCAAGUGGUUGUCACGACGACUGGGCUGCGUACUGACGGCUAAGUACUUGUCUAGAAAUCUGAUCCGUAUGCUCACUUUAUGUUACCUUGGAGAUGAACAACUCAUCACCAUCACAGAUUCAGAGAAGAGGUUCAGUAAGACGUCGCGCCUCGUGUUUGGAGACAGAAAUGCUCACCGAGUGUUGGAGUGCCUGUCAGAAAUCUCUCAGUUAUAUGGACAGCAAGUGGUGCUACUGCAGUACAUCCCCUGUACAGUAGACAUGGUAACUCUUGCCAAGAAAAGGCUGACCCAGAAGGGAGAGGCGGGGCUGAUCAGUGCCCUAGUUUUGAUGCGCCAUGUGUUACCCCUGAUCUCAGACACCAGUCUUAUGGACAUCCUGCAGGAGACAAUAAUAAAGGAGGUCCUUGGUCCUACAAGUAAGCUGGUUUCCUCCCCUUCCUAUCACUUCCCUGGGGGCAGCACGAUUCGGACAGUGAUCUGCCAUAAACUGGUGGACGUUGUGUACGUGAUUGGUCUCCGGCUCGGGUUCGAGAUGACCCGGAACCAGAUGACAGGGGUCCUCAAGGACUUCUUCUCCUCCUUUAAUCAGGUGUAUGGCCAGCAGAUGUUACGCUCUGAGUCCUCACAGAGUCUGUCUGAUAACAAACAGGGGGCAGGAAACCCAGCUGGUUCAUCAGAUGACUACUGUAACAUCAAGAUAGACUCCCACACCAAUGAGUACAGAAUAGGGACACCGGUCAGUAUCCAGAGUCUGGACUCCCACCACAGCUCCUGGACCGUCCGUAAAUCUCACUCCCUGGCCCACAACCACACCGAGGAUAAAGAAGACUCACCAGAGGGUACUGUGAAGGAUGUGGAAAAAAUGAAGCAGGAGUUGGCUGAUGUCUUCAAUCCCGAGCUUGCCAUGGCUUCUUACAUUCCAUUCCUCAGAAUUUUUGGAAACACUCACAUGGAGCAGUUCCUUCCCAACGAGGACCUCAUCAGACAGCUAUGUACCCAGUAUGAUGUCAAUGUGGGACAGGUCGAUCAUUCCUCAGAGCCCACCUCUCCUACAGAGGAGUACAUUCCUCCCCCACCUUCUGAGCAGUCAGCCGCAGGCCUUGUAGGCAACAAGAUUGAGGUCGCUAAUAUCCAGACGGAUCUGAUCCGAUUCGGACCAAUUCACCGCUCCUCCAGGAUUCUCACUCUGGAUCCGGAUGAAACCAAAUGUGAAUACAAAGAAAGACAUAAACAGAGGCACCUGAAGGGGAACUGGCUGGCUUACUGGGAGCAUGAACUAGGACUAAGUGAGCGAGACUCCAUGUUUAACUUCAAACAGAUCAAGCUGCAGACGUUCGAGGGACACACCAGCAGCAUUCGCGCUCUGGUCGCCCUGGACAACGAGAACUCCUUUAUCAGCGCCAGCAAGGAUAAGACUGUCAGGCUCUGGUCCAUACGGAGCUUUGGGGACGGAAGUGGGAGAUGUAAAUGUCAGGAGACAUACAGGGAGCACAAGAAGUCGAUUUUCUCCAUUGUGUACCUGGAUUCUGUACAGCUGGUGGCGUCCUGUGAUAGUGCUGUCAGAAUAUGGGAUCCAUUUGUCAAUAGAACUUUGAGACAGUUAGAUACAAACGGUUCAAACCAACCAAUCACAGCCAUGACAUCACUUCCCGCCCCCAGCACGAUGGUCGUCACGGCAACGAAUGAAUCUGUUCUCAGGUACUUAGAUAUGAGAACUGCUGGGUAUGCACACGAGUUUAAAACCUCAACUACAUCUGCUGGUCUGAUUCGGUCCCUGACUGUCAGUCCAGACAACAGCUGGAUCGCCAUUGGAUUUUCAUCUGGACUGAUGUCAUUGCUGGAUCAAAGAACAGGGUACCUGAUGGCCACAUGGAAGGGACACGAAGGCGAGAUUCUACAGGUAAAAGCUUUCAACAAAAAUACCUUUGUAUCAACCUCUUUUGAUAACACAAUGAAGGUCUGGAACUCUGAGGACAUUAAGGAUGCUUGUAUACUUAAAGGUCACACAGAGCCGGCCCACUGUUUUACCUUCUUCAGAGACCAGGUGAUCAGUGCCACCACCGGGAACAGGAUAGGUGUACAUUCCUCUGUGGACGCCCAGGCGAGUUUUACCUCCGCCAAGUUGAGGUCCGACACCUUUAAAGGUGUGUUGACCAGUCUGGCUGUUCUCCCGCUCAACCGGACCCUGCUUCUGGGCGCCGACAACGGCAGUAUACGACUGCUGUGUUAGAGAGUUCACCCCGAUCACGCGUCAGUGUCACGUGACUAUUGCUGUAUUAGAGAGUUCAUUACGAACACCCGCCAGUGUCUGGGAAUGUGUCAAAAAGAUUCUAUUAUUUGGACAAACCAUAAAAUAUAUAUCGAAUCAAAGUUAUUUUAACAUUUUAAAAAUGUUGACUGUGCUAUUUGUUGUUUGUUUGUUUGAUUCCAUAGCCAUGUUGUCAGUGCAAUAAUACUCGCUCUUGGAGCACCGAGUCACACAUGUAUAUCUUGUCACCCUGCAGUGAACGUUAUAGUCAUUGUAUUUUUUAAUUUUGAUUUAUUUUCUAUUUUUAUAGUAUGCAAUAAAUGUCACUAAUUAUC